AUGCUUUCUGAGUCUCUUUUGAAAGAAUCUCCAAGCUCAACCCAAGCAUUUGAAAGAUAUAGUACAGUACCACCCAUGUUUGUCGGAAGCUUGAAAGACAUUCCAAGCUCACUGGAGUCUCAUAGACACAAAUUCCAAAUGGACUUUAUUCCAACCCUUCUUGAAGAUAUUGAGAGUAUGAGAGAGCAUGACGAAUUUGAUCAUGACCAUCAUGGCUCAUCAAUAACAGAUGAUGACUUUCCAUUUCUUGGGUCCAUGGAGGAAAUGCACAACAACAUGACUGGCAACGAGGGACACGACGAUGACAAAGACGAAAAAAUUGGUGCACUUUUGACCAUGCUCUCCAAAGCUUCACACCAUUCCACCUCAUUCAAACCAACACCAAUGGAAAAUAUUGCCAAAGACUUUGAGCAAAUUAGAAGUUUGUUGCAAUCGUUAGAAAAAAGCAAUAAAUGA